AUGGGUCGCAGACCGUCGUCGAGUUCGUCGUCCAGCAGGUUCAAGUACCUGCGACCGUCGUACUACAUCCGGCGACCCCGGCGACUAGGGCUGCUCACUCUGCUCGUCGUCGGGAUCGUCUUUGUCGUCAUGGAUCGCCAACGACAGGCGAAAGAACUCGAGGCACUCGCGACGCAACUGGACAAUCUUGAAGGCGAGAAGAGCCACCUGAUCGUUGAGCUGGAGCAGGCUCGCCUAACCGGCAGCGUUUCUCACGGUCAGGCAGGAGGCAAAGCCGCGUCUGUUAGAAAGGACCCUCUUAUUCUAGGCAUCGUUCGGGCGGGUGCUGCAGGGGGGAUGCUGAGAGGAGGAGAGAAGACAGGGCAAGCGUAUACUGGGGAUGCUAUUAUAAGGGAUGCGGUUACUGGGGAUGCUCAUAGCGCGGAUGCGGAGCAGAAGGCGUUGUCAGAGCUGCAGAGACUGGGGAAGCUGGACGACGAUGGGCUGGGAGGUGGGGAAGGUGACAGUAACGAGGGGAAGGCAGCUGACGGGCUUGAGGAUGCGGAUUUGGAGGAUGAUGUGGCUGUAGCGGGGGGUGGCAAAAGCGGAGGGGGGGGGGGAGUGAGAGUAGGCGGGGUGACGGAAGCAGGGGGAGAGCAGUUGCAGAGUGAGCAAAGGAAAGAGGUUUCGGUGGCUGAGCAACGAGCAGCAGAGAAACAGACGCAGGGACAGGGGCAGGGGCAGGGGCUGCUGUUGAGAGGGCAGGAUGAGACGGAGAGGAGGAGAGAGUCGAUCAGGCAGGGAAUGCUGCAUGCGUGGAGGGGAUACAAGAAAUACGCGUGGGGGUCUGAUGAACUCCAGCCGCGCAGCAAGACCCCGUCGAACAACUUUGGUGGCAUGGGAGCGACGAUUGUGGACUCUCUAGACACGCUCUUUCUCAUGGGCUUGAAGGACGAAUUCAGAGACGCCCAAAAGUGGGUGGCUGAGUCUCUCAAUUUCAAUCGGCACUCCAGCGUUAGCGUCUUCGAAACAACCAUCCGAAUGCUGGGCGGGCUGCUAGCAGCAUACGACCUAUCAGGGGAAAAAGUAUUUCUGGAGAAGGCUAAGGAGCUAGGGGACAGACUCUUACCAGCAUUCAAUACUCCCACUGGGAUCCCCUUCGCCUAUGUGGACCUCGCCUCGGGAGGGGGGAACGCUCCUGGCUGGACUGGGGGAUCGGCAGUCUUGGCAGAUCUGGGCACGCUGCAGUUGGAGUUUGUGACUCUGUCUCAGCGGACUGGCGACCCCAAAUACGCAAUCAAGGCGGAGAAUGUGAUCAAGCAGAUCGAGAAGAUCUUCCCAGAGGAUGGCCUGGUGCCCAUGUUCAUCAGCAUCGACAGCGGGGAGCCCACCAGCAGCCACAUCACAUUCGGAUCCAUGGGGGACAGUUUCUACGAGUAUCUGAUCAAGAUGUGGGUGCACGGAGGCAAGACGCCAGUUGUCAAGAAGUACAGAGACAUGUGGGAGAAGUCUAUAAAUGGAAUGUUUUCCAGAUUGGUACAGCGCACGCCAGACCAGGGGGGCCACAAGGGGUUCUCCUACGUGCCUGAGAUGGAGGGAGGGGGGCUCAUUCGCAAAAUGGAGCAUCUCACGUGCUUUGUACCGGGGAUGCUUAUACUGGGUAUGCCGGAGGCGUCGCCUGCGGAUGCGGCCAAAUACCUGGACUUGGCUAAAGAGCUAACACGAACAUGCUACGAGUUUUACAACAGCACUCCCUCCAAGCUGGCCGGGGAGGACUACAACUUCCAUAAUGAUGGACCACAUCUCCAGGGCAGAGUAUAUAACAUCCUACGACCAGAGGCAGUGGAGGCGAUCUGGUACUCGUGGCGGGCAACUAAGGACCCCAUGUACCGCGAGUGGGGGUGGAAGAUCUGGCAGGCUUUUGAGAAGAAUUGUCGCGUGGAAGCAGGAUAUGUUGGGCUUGAGGAUGCUGGGAAGAAUCCCCCUCCACAGGACAACAUGCAGCAGAGCUUCUUUUUAGCAGAGACGCUAAAGUACCUCUACCUGCUCUUCUCGCCGGAUGAUACACUGAAUCUGGACAAGUGGGUCAUUAACACUGAGGCGCACCCAAUCAAGAUCACUCCCCCAUUGGACUGCGCGGGAGAUGCAGCAGCAGCAGCACGACGGGUUCCUGUGACUGCUGACGUGGCGGGAGACGCCGCCGCCAAUGACGACGUCACACGUGGCAAAGGUGGUCCUUGGCCGUCAGAAGUGGUCCUGACGGCCGUGUUGACGGGGGACGAGGCAGAAACCGCGUGGGAAAUGGUGGAGGCGAGAGAAACGGGGGAGGGAGGAGUUGUGGAAAAGGAAGGAGAGGGAGAAGAGGGAUUGGUGGGAGAGGAGGGGAAGGAGGGAGGUGAUCCGUUGCUUGUGGUUUUAAGCUCCACCAGAGCUGCUGCUGCGUCGACGGCCGUAUCCGCGCCGCAAUCCGCGGCGCUGGUGACGCGUGGCAGGAGCGCACGUUCCGCAAAAGACGAUUCCAGUAUGGGAGCUUCAGCGAGGUCGUCGGCGUCUGUUGCGGCGGCAGUUGCGGCGUCGAUUAAGGCGUAG